GGGGUUCUUCACUUGGUUCCUGUCCCAUUCACCCAGCAGCUCAGUUGGGUCUUAGCUUCUCGAGCAACUUCACCAACAUCAAAUACGUCAAACCAGCAGCCAUGAGCAAGUCCUACUCAUCUUCCGCCCAGUCGGCCUCUUCGUACCGUCGCACCUUUGGUACUGGUGUCGGUUCAUCUCCGAUGUCUUCCCUCUUCUCCACUCAUGGAGGAGGAGGUCGCAACUCCUCGAGCCAUAGUACUCGAGUGUAUGAAGUCAAAAGUGGUGGUCCGUCGUAUUCCAGCUUCAGGGCGUCCUCCGGGGGCGCCGGCCUCGGCCUGGGCUCCUCCACAGCCAUGCGCACCUACGGCGAGAAACUUGACUUCAACCUGGCCGAUGCCAUGAACCAAGACUUCCUCAACACAAGGACCAACGAGAAGGCCGAGCUUCAGCAUCUCAACGACCGCUUCGCCAGCUACAUUGAGAAGGUUCGUUUCCUGGAGCAGCAGAACGCUGCUCUGACGGUGGAGAUCGAGAAGCUCAAGGGCCGCGAGGGACCCGGGCGUGUGGCUGAGAUGUACGAAGAUGAAAUGAGGGAGCUGAGGAGGCAAAUUGAAGCUUUGUCCAACCAGCGUGCCCGUGUGGAGGUGGAAAGAGAUAACCUGGCUGAUGACUUUCAAAAACUGAAACUCAGACUACAGGAGGAGGUUCACCAAAAGGAAGAAGCCGAGAAUAAUCUGUCUGCCUUCAGAGCUGAUGUGGACAGUGCCACUCUGGCCCGGUUGGACCUGGAGAGGCGUAUCGAGAGUCUGCAAGAAGAGAUUGCCUUCCUCAAGAAGAUCCAUGAGGAGGAAAUCCGUGAGCUCCAGAGCCAUAUUCAGGACACUCAGGUGCAGAUCCAGAUGGACAUGUCCAAACCUGACCUGACCGCCGCUUUGAGGGACAUCCGCAUGCAAUACGAGGCGAUCGCUGCCAAGAACAUCUCAGAGGCCGAGGACUGGUACAAAUCUAAGGUCACAGAUCUGAACCAGGCUGUGAAUAAGAACAAUGAUGCCCUGCGCUCUGCCAAACAAGAGAGCAUGGAGUUCCGACACCAGAUCCAGUCCUAUACUUGUGAGAUUGACUCACUCAAGGGCACCAACGAGUCUCUGCUGCGUCAGAUGAGAGAGAUUGAAGACCGCAUGGGUCGUGAGGCUUCCGGUUACCAGGAUACCAUCGCACGUCUGGAGGAGGACAUUGCUAAAAUGAAGGAUGAUAUGGCCCGUCACCUGAGGGAAUACCAAGACCUGCUGAAUGUCAAAAUGGCUCUGGAUAUUGAGAUUGCCACCUACCGCAAGCUGCUGGAGGGAGAAGAGACCAGGAUCACCACCACAAUGCCUCUCCAAACUGCCUAUUCCGCCAUUGGAUUUAGAGAGACCAGUCCCGAGUCUCAGUCGCAGCGUUCCUCCGAGAUGCACUCAAAGAAGACAGUUCUCAUCAAGACCAUCGAGACCCGUGAUGGAGAGGUUGUCAGCGAGUCCACACAGCACCAGCAGGACAUCAUGUGAAAGGGAGAUGAUGACAUCAAAAUCUAUUACAAUAAGCUGCAAAAAUGAAUAAAAAUUUAAAAAUAUAGGCAACUUCCCACUAUUGCGUAUUUAUGCCAAACCUCGCAAGCCACAAGGCAUCAAAGCGGGUCAGAGCGAAUUGUGACGGCACAUUUUCCACGUUUUGUCUGUGUUGAUAUGCAUUUGUGCGAUUGAAUCGAGAAUGGCUUGUGUUGGUGUUAGCGGCCGGAGCAAAAAAUGGGAAGAUGGUGGUAAAAUAUGUCAAGAAGCAUCUCUUGAAAAAAGGAACUAAGUCAUGUGUGACAUUAUGAUCUUGGCCUUGUGCCGAGAGCGUGCGAUUGUGUGUGCAUGGGCAACCAUGUCAAGCUGCUUCACUCUGACUCAAAUAGCACAAUAAAAGACAUUUGUUACUUG